GUCAUCUUAGUGUUUGAGUGAAGAAGCAUUGAGAGAGAGAGAGAGAGAGAGUUUUUGAAAGCUUCAAGAACAAACCUCCUUUAGGAGAAUAUAAGAUUGUUGAGAUUUAAGGGAAACAUAAUCAUGGACGAGAAUGGUAGCUCAAGUAAUGAACCCAAGAACAACAACAGAAACCUGCCUGUCUCAGUUUUCUUCAAAGAUGCAAGACAUGUUUUCAAGAUGGACUCCAUUGCUAAGGAGAUACUUGGGAUUGCAUUCCCAUCUGCACUGGCUGUUGCUGCUGAUCCUAUUGCUUCUCUCAUAGACACAGCAUUCAUUGGCCACUUGGGGCCCGUGGAGCUUGCUGCAGCAGGAGUGUCCAUCGCUUUGUUCAACCAAGCUUCAAGAAUUACCAUCUUCCCUUUGGUUAGCAUCACAACUUCCUUUGUGGCUGAGGAAAAUACCAUCGAAAAAAUGAAUAAAGAAAAGAAUUUGACUGAAAACAUUAAGGCCAAGUCCAAGGAGGUAAGGCCCGAGGAUCAGUUGAUUCAAGAUAUAGAGAAAGGAGCAUCCAAGGAACACAAUGAGACUCCAACAGAAUCUUCAUCUUCAACGAGUGAGAAUGUGGAAAUGGAUGAUUGCAAUACUAGUGUAAGCAAAUCUACCUCUGCUGGCAGCAGUAGUAGUAACAAGAGUGUGUCAAAACCUGGAAGGAAGAAGCGACACGUUGCUUCUGCAUCAACAGCGCUACUUUUUGGCACCAUCCUUGGUCUUCUUCAAGCUGCAACCCUUAUAUUUGCAGCCAAACCUCUAUUAGCUGCAAUGGGUCUGAAACCUGAUUCUCCUAUGCUAAAUCCAGCUGUUAAAUACUUGAGACUGAGAGCUUUAGGUGCUCCUGCAGUUCUUCUCUCCUUGGCCAUGCAAGGAAUCUUUCGAGGAUUCAAGGACACUACAACUCCUUUAUAUGUUAUUGUCUCGGGGUAUGCAUUGAAUGUGGCUUUGGAUCCAGUUCUUAUCUUCUACUGCAAAAUGGGCAUCAAAGGUGCAGCCAUUUCACAUGUGCUCUCUCAGUAUGUGAUGGCAUUCGCCCUCUUGUUGAUAUUAACUAGAAAAGUGGAUCUUGUACCUCCAAGCAUCAAGGACUUGCAGAUUUUCAGGUUUCUUAAAAAUGGAGGUCUUCUGUUGGCAAGAGUUGUGGCUGUGACAUUCUGCCAAACCCUGGCAGCCUCAUUGGCAGCAAGAUUUGGCCCAAUUCCUAUGGCUGCUUUCCAAACCUGCUUGCAGGUGUGGCUGACAUCUUCCCUUCUUGCUGAUGGCUUAGCUGUUGCUGUACAGGCAAUUCUAGCUUGUUCCUUUGCUGAGAAAGAUUAUGAAAAGGUGAUUGCUGCUGCAACAAGAACGCUUCAGAUGAGUUUUGUUUUAGGAGUUGGACUCUCUCUUGCAGUUGGAGUUGGUUUAUACUUUGGAGCUGGAAUCUUCUCCAAAAGUGUUCUUGUUGUGCACUUAAUCAGAAUAGGACUCCCGUUUGUUGCUGCAACACAACCAAUCAACUCAUUAGCCUUUGUGUUUGAUGGUGUGAACUAUGGAGCUUCUGAUUUUGCAUAUUCUGCAUACUCCUUGGUUACUGUGUCAUUAGCAAGUGUUGCUUCACUGUUCCUUCUCUCUAAGAGCAAAGGUUUUGUUGGACUAUGGAUUGCACUAACCAUAUAUAUGAGUCUUCGCAUGUUUGCUGGUGUAUGGAGGAUGGGAACAGGAACAGGACCAUGGCGUUUUCUGAGAGGACGACGUUGAAUGAUGUGUUGAUGAUGCAAUCUAACAAAAGAAAUUGGGAAGAAAAUGAUGUUGUUUAGGAUCAGUUUUUUUCAAGACAUAAUUUAUGUUAUCUACUAUGGUUAUAGUCUUAUUAAUAUUCUAUAUUUAAUAGGCCAUUUACAAGUGUAAGUGUAAGUCUCUGUUUAAUGUAUUCUCUGCCACUCAUUGUUAUAUUUUGUAUUCUUCCUAAUUUUACUAUGUAAACUGAGUGCAUCUAUACAUAUUUGAGACAAAUAAAUUACUUUUCUCUUAUUCAUAGUUUCAAGGAGAUUCUCACUUUCAUGUUUCAUCCCUAUAUCUAUCAUGUAAACCUUUUCUGCUUUUGUGUGUUUUAGUGUCAUUAUUAUUUAUAAAAUAGAAGGCUGACACACAUAUUAUAUAAUCCAACUUUGUAAUUAUGUCAUAGGCAGUUGCAGGAAUGAAGAUAAAUUCAGUAAUCUUAAUGUUUCAAGAAUAUAAAUCAGUAAUAAUGACAGAAUCAAAAUCAAAUUAUAAUGAUAAAAUCUAUGGAAAUACUAAUUUUGACAAAUAACAGGGAAAGAAAAAGGAGGUGCAGAGUCCUUGGAUUCAUGAAUUUUAUGAGGGUGCAGUAAGAAAAAAAUAUGGUGCAGUAAGAAAUGGCCCCCACUUCAUUAAACGGAUACUUAUUACGGGUUUUUCUUUCUACACCGCAUAACUUCUAUUUGCACCCUAUAAGGUGAUUGUUUUUCCUUUUCUUCUCACACUGACGCUUUGUUAUUAUGGAUUGUGCAACACUAUGAAUUUUUGUUUUUCUGUGUAAUGGGGGAAUGACUUUCUAAUUAGUUUGAAUUCCGAAUUGUACGAUCUAUAAAAGUUUUUAUAAAUUAUAAGUCUAUUUCAGGUUGCACGUAAUUUCAGAAAUUGUAUUUCAGUUUGCACAAUUCAAAACGCUUUUUUUUAAAACCAAAUUUUGACUUUUGAAACAUGUAAAAUUCUGCCUUCUCGAUUAUACAUU